UACAUGAUGGAUGAUUCUGUUCGAAAGACAAUGUUGAUCCACAAUCCAAUUCUGAUAACUUCGAUCAUCAAAUAAUUUCACCCAUGCAAAUGAAUUUUGCAACUGUUGAUGAACCUGUCGUGGAGGUUGGGAAACAAAAGGUUUAUAUUGAAAAUGUCCCAAAGGACGAUAAAUCCAGUAAGGAACAGGCAAUGGAACAGUCCACUGUGCUUCUAUACAUAACACAACAUAAUGAUCCUUUGGUGAAUAUGAUUGUUCAUGAUAUUAAGGUGGAUCAUGGUGCCGAUAAAAUUCAACAUGAAGUCAAAAUACCUCUUUCAAAUCCAUUAGUUGUUGAUAUAUUGGAUUCUACCACAUCGAUCUCCAUCACAUCCGAAAUUGAAGCAGACAUAGAUGCACUUGCACAUGGACUUCCAAAUCAACUAAUUAAUGCCAAACCAUUCAGUGUAGUCAUUCCACUCCAGCUUACCGCGAGUGACGAUUUUUUAUCGGACAGUCAGCUACCCACCCAGCUGACUGUCAAUGAUCCAGCACCAAAUAUUGAUACUAAAACGUUGGCUUAACGUAACACGAUGCCUUCAAAGAUUUUGUAGUCUCCCUAUGUGAAUUCUUUUGGAUCAAGUGAUAAGGGAAAGGAAAAAAUAGACGAUCAUACUCGCCCGUACACUCCGUUUGAUGAUUAUUACAUCACAUCCCAACUAUCGUCAGGUUUAAUGCAAGAGU